CUCGUCAAUACAUACUGCGGACAGAUUUACCAUAAUAAAAUUUCUACCUUCCUAAACAACUUGAACUAAUUGCAAGUCAAUGGCGACACAGUCCAGGCUCAGAACUCCUUACUUGGACCUUCCUACUCCCUACCUUGAAGAUUAUAUUGGUAGAGAAACUUCUGAUGAACAGUGCUAGUCAUGGACUCAGGUAUGAAUAUUAAAUAAUGCUACAAUUUAAGUGUGAAUGUUAUUCAGAAUACGUCAAACACCAUCUUUUGUAAGUAACCGGUCCUGGCUUUGACUUCGUCAUUCCAAGCAGCUCCCGCCAGCUCAGAAGGAGACCUGCAGUGAAACCUCACGAAUUUUCUCAUUCGCCACCAAACUUCAACAUGAAGAAAAGUAAAGAUAUUCAAGGUGUCAAACUAUACACCGAAAAGUCUCGUAUUCACAAAAUCAAAUCAAAAUCACCCAAGUAGCUAUAGGGAGGUAUUGAGUGAAUUCUUACAGAUUAGAGUUUAGCUUCAGCCUCACGUUAGCCGUGCCAAGCGAAGGCCUGCCUGCCUUGUUUCCCGUAUCAACGCUGGCAACGCUUCCCUUUUGGUAGACUCCAGUACCCGCUCCCCACCACAGUCCUCCUCCUCUUCCAUCCCUCAACAUAUAUUUUCUUACCACAUGCACCUGCGCAAGAGAAGAAAACACCUUGAAUCCUCGGCGAACAGUUGAUCGUCCACCAUGUCAAAUCACUCCAUAAUUCGAAUUACAAGAGAGUUGUCGGACCUCCAGAAGUCCUCUGAUUUGUCUCUGGCCGUCGCAUGCCGAGACGUCGAUGUACGCAACGUGAAGGCGAUCAUAAUCGGUCCUCCAGAAACACCUUAUGAAUUUGGUUUCUUUGAGUUCGCGGUCAAGUUUGGUAGAGACUACCCAGGGAAGGCACCAUCCGUGAUUGCAACGACUACAAACGGAGGCAGAUGCCGGUUCAACCCAAACAUAUAUGCUGGAGGAAAGGUGUGCUUGUCGAUUCUUGGCACAUGGCGAGGCGAGCGAGGAGAAGAAUGGUCAUCCGCACAGGGACUGGAGUCAAUUUUAAUCUCGAUUCAAAGUCUGAUGUCGUCGAAUCCCUACGAGAACGAGCCAGGGUUUGAAACUGCCAAUGAGGAGGGUGACAAGAAGAAUCAGAAGGACUAUGUCAACAAGAUCCGCCAUGAGUCCCUCCGAAUUUCUGUCAUCCAGCGGCUCGAGGAGUAUCUAGGUAUAUCACCAUCAGGAGCCGUCCAAGAGCAGGCCAUGGUCGGUGGAGACGAUAGUGAUACCGAAGCUGAUAUCGACCGAGACUUCGAUGAAGCUUCCGCAAACUUUGAUCCAUUCAAGGAUCUUUGCAAACGCCGGUUUCUUUGGUAUUAUGAGUCGUACCUACUAGCAAUCAGCAAGGCCAAGGCCGAUGUUACUGAUGGACAGCCAUUCGCCCGGAUGCCCUUUGAAUGUGCAGGAAAUGGCAUGGAAGGAAAGUUCAACUAUACCGAGCUUGAACGACGCUUACGGCUGAUUCGCAAGACAAUGGAUGCCGAGACCGACAGAUGGGCUGAGGAAGGCUUAGUAUCGAAGAAGAAGGAAAGCAGUGUAUCCUCCAAUCUUCAACGGCAAUACGAGCAGGUCGUCGAGGCGUACAAACGAGAUAAGAAUGUCACUCUAGAUAUCGAAUUAGUUGACAAAAAUCCCUUUGUUUGGUCGAUUACCUAUUUUGGACGUCCAAUGACCAACCUCGAUGGUGGUCUCUUCCGGAUCAAGCUUUUCUUCAGCCCACGCUUCCCUGAGGAACAGCCAAGAGCAAAAUUCGAGACUCAACUUUUCCAUCACCGCAUUGCAUCCGACGGUACUCCGUGCUACACUUCGAGACGAGCCGAGGAUGUGAAAUCACAUAUUGAAGCUAUCAUUGAGGCUCUGGAGGAAGAAUCGCCACCGUACGAUCCCAGAACGAUGGUCAACCCUGAGGCUGCUAAGCUAUACUGGGGGUCUGAGGAUGACAAGAAGACGUAUAAUCGCAAGCUUCGGAGAGCUGUUCAGCGAAGCAUGGAGGAAUGAACGGGAAGCAUGAAGCAAUGGACCGAUAAAACGAGUUACCCAGCAUACGAGCGACUCCGAAUUCCCACGCGAGUAUGUCCUUGUCAUUUAGCGUCGUACAUUGAACACAAGCGAGCCCUUUCGUCUCGCGUAGACAGCGAGACCCAUGACUCUAUGACAUCGACUUAUUUCCUUUGUAUUCUGUCCUCUCUGGCUGCUUGCAAUGACUGGAGUUACUGGAUUAGGUUUGGUUGCUGGAUCGGUUCUUGCCUGGCCAUUGCAAUUUGAAUCAUGACAUGGAUGGAUGGGACGGCUGGGAAGGAUAGGACUAGGUUGGGGCGUUUAGCGAAUUGCUGGUACUGGCGCAUCUGGGAAGCUCUUUAGCAACUUG